CUCUGCAUGUUUCUAAUAAGCUCCACGAGCAGAAACGUGCUCAAACUAGGAUCAAUAUUGGAGAUGCUUUUGAAAAAUGGAGAGAGGUUAGAACACAGAAAGGUUUACAGACCCAUGCAGAGCUGGAUAAACACUGAAGCUUCAGUGAACCCUGACCCUAUAUAAAUAUGAGAACGAUACUUUGCAGCAGAUGAUGUGUGCUUCACUGACUCUCUUCCCUUGAUGUUUUCUCCUGCAGGUACCUGAUGAAUGUGACGUUCGAGGGCCGUAACCUGUCGUUCAGCGAGGACGGAUACCAGAUGCACCCAAAGCUGGUCAUCAUCCUGCUCAACAAAGACAGGCAGUGGGACCGGGUGGGUAAAUGGGAGAACGGCUCCCUCUCCAUGAAGUACCACGUGUGGCCUCGCUACGAGCUGUAUGGAGGGGCGGCGACCCGGGAAGACGACCACUUGUCCAUCGUGACCUUGGAGGAGGCGCCAUUCGUCAUCGUGGAGGACGUGGACCCUCUCAGCGGGACGUGCAUGAGGAACACGGUGCCCUGCAGGAAACAGAUCAAAACACUCAACCAGACCAAGGACUCGGGGAUCUACAUAAAGCGCUGCUGUAAAGGUUUCUGCAUCGACAUCCUGAAGAAGAUCGCAAAGACCGUCAAGUUCACCUACGACCUUUACCUGGUCACCAACGGCAAACACGGCAAGAAGAUCAACGGGACGUGGAACGGCAUGGUGGGAGAGGUGGUGUUGAAAAACGCUCACAUGGCCGUCGGCUCUUUGACCAUCAACGAGGAGAGGUCGGAGGUCAUCGAUUUCUCCGUCCCCUUCAUCGAGACGGGGAUCAGCGUCAUGGUCUCCCGUAGCAACGGCACCGUUUCACCCUCAGCUUUCCUAGAGCCCUUCAGCGCCGAUGUGUGGGUGAUGAUGUUCGUGAUGCUGUUGCUGGUGUCAGCAAUGGCGGUGUUUAUAUUCGAGUACUUGAGCCCUGUGGGCUACAACCGCUGUCUGGCUGAUGGCAGAGAGCCUCACGGUCCGUCCUUCACCAUCGGUAAAGCCAUCUGGCUGCUGUGGGGUCUCGUCUUCAACAACUCCGUGCCCGUGCAGAACCCUAAAGGAACCACCAGUAAGAUCAUGGUGUCCGUGUGGGCCUUCUUCGCCGUCAUCUUCCUCGCCUCCUACACCGCCAACCUGGCCGCCUUCAUGAUCCAGGAGGAGUACGUGGACCAGGUGACCGGUCUGUCCGACAAAAAGUUCCAGAGUCCCAACGACUUCUCGCCUCCGUUCCGGUUCGGCACCGUCCCGAACGGCAGCACGGAGAGAAACAUCCGCAACAAUUACCCCGAGAUGCACGGCUACAUGACCAAGUUUCACCAGAGGAACGUCAACGAGGCGCUGGGGAGUCUGAAGGCCGGUAAACUGGACGCCUUCAUUUACGACGCGGCCGUGCUGAACUACAUGGCGGGCAGGGACGAGGGCUGUAAGCUGGUGACCAUUGGCAGCGGCUACAUCUUCGCCACCACCGGGUACGGCAUCGCCAUCCAGAAGGAGUCGCUGUGGAAGAGGCACGUGGACCUCGCCAUCCUGCAGCUGUUUGGAGACGGUGAGAUGGAGGAGCUGGAGUCUCUGUGGCUGACGGGGAUCUGCCACCACGAGAAGAACGAGGUGAUGUCCAGCCAGCUGGACGUGGACAACAUGGCGGGCGUCUUCUACAUGCUGGGCGCCGCCAUGGCUCUGUCGCUCAUCACCUUCAUCUGCGAGCACUGGUUCUACUGGCAGCUGCGCUUCUGCUUCAUGGGAACGUGCUCGGGCCAGCCCGGCUUCGUCUUCUCCAUCAGCAGGGGUAUCUACAGCUGUAUCCACGGCGUGCAGAUCGAGGAGAAAAGCAGCUCUGCGCUCAACUCGCCGUCAGCCACCAUGAACAACACCCACUCCAACAUCAUGCGCCUCCUACGCACCGCUAAGAACAUGGCCACCCUGUCCGGGGUGAACGGCUCGCCGCACAGCGCUCUGGAUUUCAUCCGCCGAGAGUCCUCCGUGUACGACAUAUCGGAGCACCGGCGCAGCUUGGCGGGCCACUCGGACUGCAAGCCGCCGUACAUACCAGACGACAACAUGUUCAGCGACUACAUCAGCGAGGUGGAGAGGACGUUUGGAAACAUCCACCUGAAGGACAGUAAUCUGUACCAGGACCACUACCUCCACCACCAUGGAUCGGCACUUGGGCUCAAUGGACCGCCACCCAACAGGCCGCCAAGUUUGGGCAGCGCCAGUUCUCUGGAGGGCGGGAUGUUCGACUGUGACAGCCUGGGUGGAGGCGUGGCCCCGAUCUUCAGCACGCAGCCCUGCUCGGCUCUGACUCACAGGAACAUGAGCAAAUUUGACCUGCUGUCCGGACAGACCCCUCCCUCAGGACAGAGCUUCAAGGGAGGUCUGCCAGACCUGUACGGCAAGUUCUCCUUCAAGGGCGGCGCCUCCAGCUCCACCUACAUCCCCGGACACAACUACUGUGGAGGUCGUGGCGAGGACGAUGGGAAUAUACGGUCGGAUGUGUCGGACAUUUCUACGCACACAGUCACCUACGGGAACCUGGAGGGUAAUGCCAAAAAACGCAAACAAUACCGAGAUAGCCUGAAAAAGAGGCCGGCCUCUGCCAAGUCCAGACGAGAGCUGGACGAGAUCGAGCUGGGCUACCGGAGGAAACCGUACCACAUCAGCCACCACCACUACCACGGCCACCGCUCGGCCUCGCCGCCACUUUUACCCCCCGAACGGAAAAGAGGAAGUAGUGGCGGCGGGAACAACGAGGGUAACUCCUACGUCUUCAGAGAGAAGGAGAGCGUUAGGGAUUUUUAUUUGGACCAGUUUCGGCCCAAGGAGGGGGUCCCUCAGUGGGAACAUGUGGACCUCACAGACGGCCCCGGGAGCAGAGAUGGAGGCGUGGCGCCCUGCACCACCCUGGUCCCUGUGGACGAUUUUCUUAAGAGCAAACCUAAAAAGACAGAUUCUAAGGGUGGUGGAGGAUCUGGGCUGGCGGGGGGAGAGUGGGAGUGCAGGAACUGUCGGGCUAGUGGUGGGGGCAAACAGAUGUCCAUUCAUGGUAGCGGGUACGGUGGAGGUAUGAGCUGCGGGACCUCCGGAGGGGGAGGCAGCCGCCCCAGCUCUGCAACCUGCAUGCGCUGCGAGGGCUGUAAAAAGCAGCAGACAGGAAACCUCUAUGACAUCAGCGAGGACAACAACCACCUCUUGGAACAGAUGGGGGGAGGAAAAGGGGUCGGGGGAGGGGUAGGUCCUCCGUCUCAACCUCAGGGCCAGCAAAGGAGGAAGGGGGGAUUUGGCAAACCGCUGAGGCGACAGCACUCGUAUGACGCAUUUGUGGACCUUCAGAAAGAGGAAUCGGGAGGAAUGGGAAGUUUAAUGGGGAUUGGAGGUGUGGGGAUCGGGGGUCCGGGAAUGGGAGGGAUGCUGCCCCCACCCAGGAGCGUUAGCUUAAAGGAGAAAGAACGCUACAUGGACGGCACGAGCCCCUUUGCACACAUAUUUGAGCGUCACGGUGGAUCGGAGAGGGAGCGGGAAAGAGACAGGGACCCUUUGUUUUACGGAGGCGAGAGCCGUAAAGGACCCGGCUCGCCGUUUGGCCUGUUCAGGGGCGGAGACGGACUCCACCGCCGCUCCAUCGGAGAGAGAGACACGAGAGACAGGGAUCGGUCUCUGAUGGAAGGAGGCGGAGGGGGGUUCUCUUUAUCUAAAUCUCUUUACCCCGACCGGGUAAACCAAAACCCCUUUAUACCCACCUUUGGCGAUGAUCAAUGUCUGAUGCACGGCGCCAAACAAUACUACAUGAAAAAGCAACAGCAGCAGCAACAAGUCGCCAAAAACAGCCGAAGUGACUUCAGGAGCCAGAUGAGUACGACGUCGUAUCUACCGGCGUCCGCCUCGGCCGGAGUGAUGUCAAACGUGGCGCCCCGGUUCCCGAAAGAGCUCAGUCUUGGCGGGAUGAACCACCACGGGUCCAUGCUGGGCGUCGGCCCCCCUCGCCCCUUCAACGGAAGCAAUGGCCAUGUGUACGAGAAACUGUCCAGCAUUGAGUCGGACGUGUGAGAGAACAAGGAGAGGAGGAGGCAAAGGAGGGAAGGAGAGGAGGAGGGAAGGAGGGAAGGAGAGGAGGAGGCAAAAGGGGGAAGGAGGGGAGGAGUCGUCAUGUAGUGUACGGAGAUCAGGGAUGAUUUUAAAGACACUGUCCAUGCACUGCGACCUCGGCCCAUAUUGGGACAGAAAGACGAUGUGGGGGGGGGGGGGUCUGAAAGGGGAGAGGGAGACUUGAAGGUUUUUGUAAGAAAUGUUCUUCAGAUUCAGGACGCCGUGAGGAGGAGGGGGAUGUAAGCGCUCUCUCAGAUUUGGCCAAAGUAACAGUUGAUUAACCCCUCCCCCUCCCCCCCCUCUCUUUAACGCCACAAACGCACUCAACUCCAAGUCCUUUCUUUCACCCACCAGAGAGGCAGAAGUCGACGCGCUCGGUUAUCACUACGAGGACGAGACAUCUCAUCUCGGUUUGAUCUCAGACGUGUGAGCGUGGUGCGAUGUGACGGCCGUCUGAGCGAGGAGCGAACUGCCCCAUCUGCCCCCGAUGUCACCUCAGAAAGGAGACAUGGUCACUUCCACUCGAGCCGCCACACGAGACAUGACGAGCGCCCCCCUCCCCCCCUCAGCUCGGCCUGGCCGUCUCUCUCCUCUCCUCCUCCUCGUCCCUGACGCCAAAAGAUCUGAUCUUGUUUGCUGUGAGAAAUACAAUCAUGAAUGAUAAUAAGAUAUUCUUAUAGAAAACACAGGGUAUAAGAACAACAUAAUAUUGAUAACAUUGUGAAUAACAAAGAUGUUAGUUCUGAUUAUGAUAACACUGAUUACUUUUUCUUGUUUUCUGUUCUCACUGCUGUUUUAGAAUCUGUGGUUGUAUCUCUGCUGCCCCUAGUGGCGGCAGCAGGAAGGUUGUUUUAAGUUCAACCAAACGAGCCAGAAAGACUUGAACUCUUCACUUUUCUUUUUGGAACAUUUGAUCCAUGCUCAUUCAUUUAUUUGCUCCUGGUUGGAAACAGGAUCUCAAAGACACGUUUGGAGCUGACAGAUCCUUUUUGUUGUUUUCAGACAUUACUAAUCAAUGCACACACACACACACACACACACACACACACACACACACACACACACACACACACACA